AUGCGGCGGCCCAACCCCAGUGGAUCAGGCUCAGUGAAGCCUAAUGCCGCAAUGCAAGCCAGCGCUGAGCCGUCUCAAUCAGCCUUCAUUCUGAUCAGUCGCCGUAGCAGGCGACAGAGAACCCGGCAAAGUGGAAGUGGAAGGCAUUCAGUCUUGAUUAAGGUGUUCGGUCAUCAUCUACAAUCAUACCGUCAUAGCUGGCCGGAUAUCUGGGUGAUGAGGAGAGAAAAGAAAGACAUUCGAGGUUGCCUUACACUAAGAUUAGAAAGGCGCUCCGCAGCGGUUCGGUCCUCGGCGAGACAGCGCCUCGCGCAGAAUUAUCCGAAACCUCCCGUCCCCUUCGAAAAGUGGAAGCAGAACCAAGAGUUUAAUUCGUGGCUGUGGUCGACUGCCUGUCAGCGUAAGCGAAUGAUUGCUUUGGCAGAGUUAGAAACUAUAUUAGACACUUCUUUCAUACUUCCAGAAGCCCAAAAACACUGGAUAAGUUUGGGUCCACAUCCCAGACUUCCUGCUAUCCAGGUAACCGUAGCCUUAAUGAAAGCAGCAAAACUACAACACUUGUCUGCACCUUCUCCCAUAUAG